UUUUAAUAUUACACCUCAUCCCCUCACAACGUUAUCAUCACCCCUUUCUUUCAUCCACAUUCUCAUUCCACACCCAAAAACAUUAAUCUCUCCACAAACACAAUAUGCAAGUCAUUGAAAGAACAAGGAACCGUUACCAUUUCGUCACCGAAAAUCGUUGUUCCGUAGUUCUAUUAUCAAUCUUAGGAAUAAUCGGAGCAUUACUUUUCAUAACAACAAUUUUCCAAACCUCAGACAACACCUUGUUCUGUUCUCUCACCCGAACCAAUCUCCAAACCACAAACCAAAACCCAUACCCAACACCGAUCCAGCUUCGUGCUCUCCUUCACUACGCAACCUCCCAUGUUGUCCCACAACAAUCCUUCUCCGAAAUCACCGUUACCUUAGACGUCAUCAAAUCCUUAAACCGACCCUUCAACUUCCUCGUAUUCGGUCUAGGUCACGAUUCACUCAUGUGGGCCGGGUUCAACCCACAGGGAAAAACACUCUUUCUCGAAGAAGAUCCUAAAUGGGUUCAAACCGUUCUCAAAGACGCACCGGAGUUACAAGCAUUUACGGUUCAUUACCGUACACAGCUUCAAGAAGCAGACGAGCUUCUCAAAUCGUAUAAAUCUGAACCUUCUUGUUCUCCGGCGAAGGCGACGCUAAAAGGAAACGAACAAUGUAAGCUUGCUUUGCAUAAUCUUCCUGAUGAGAUUUACGAAACGGAGUGGGAUUUGAUAAUGAUCGAUGCGCCGAGAGGUUAUUUCGCGGAGGCGCCGGGGAGAAUGGCGGCGAUAUUUUCAAUGACGGUGAUGGCGAGAAAUAGAAAAGGUUCCGGUGUGACGCACGUGUUUUUGCAUGAUGUGGAUCGGAAGGUUGAGAAAGUUUAUGCCGAAGAAUUUCUUUGUAGGAAGAAUUUGGUGAAAGGUGUUGGUAGGCUUUGGCACUUUGAAAUUCCUGCUUUGGGUAAUAAUCUUAGUAGUCAUGAUUCUUCUAUUGGUUCUCGUUUUUGUUAAUUAAGCCUUAAUUAUUUUGAUUAUGGCUUCGGAUUUUUCUUUAUUUUUGAUCAAAGAUGAAUGGUGGUGAUGAUACAAACAUUGUUGUUGUAGGGAAUAGUCGGUCGUACCUUUACAAAUUUACAGCUUUUAAUAAUAAAUACUACUAGUACAAUUUUAAUUUGUUGUUUACUUUUGGCGUGAUUAGUGAUUAUAGAUUUGGUUCAUGUCGUUUCAUGUUGUCGGUGGAGUGAGAUUUUAUAGGUGGACGGUGGUGAUCAUGUGUUUGAAGUUUGAAAUGUUCAUUUCAUGACACGAGGCUGCUUGAGGAUUUUCAUAUUUUACUUUUAUUUUUUAUGUUUUUUGGACUUUACAAUUUGAAUAGCCUAAGCCGGCUACGAAUAUACUAUAUAAGGUAGGGACGUAGGGUCUGUCUUUUCAAUUUAACUCUAUUUCACCCAUUUUGAUGGAA